AGGACAGCCUGGAGACCAACCACAGGUAGGACCCCCAGCUUAGCAGACACGCUCAGAAUAAUGCCUUUCCGUGUGCAGAUAUGAAGACUCUGGACAGGGGCUUUCCUUUCACGCUUCAGUUCCAUGGAAAAUCCAAAUUCUUGAAAGACGAGCAGUGAGGGGGUCAAACCAUCAGAGCCCAAAGUUUGUGAGAGAACCACAGAGUUCCUGCAGACCUAGAACUUCACAGGACCCCACUGCUCUCUAUUAAAGCGACUCCACUUUUCAAGCAAACACUGGGUCUGUUUUAGCACUUUAAACUUGUGUGGGGCAUCCAGGAGCAGCUCCACGGGUCCAGUUGUCCCGUUUACAGCCUCCGGAGAACCAUGACCUCCCUUCCAGCUCUUCUCCUCCUCGCCCUGGGCCUGACCGUGGCGGAGGCCCAGUUGAGGCUCUAUAACCUGCGAGCCAGCGACCUCCCUUCAGACCUCCUGGGAACCUCAGACGGCUACGUCCAAGUCUACAGCGGCUCCACGUAUUUGGGUAAAACCGCGGUCCGCAAGAACGACCCCGACCCCUGGUGGGAGGAGGAGUUUCAGCACUUCAAAGCCAAAGAAGGCGACGAGCUGAAACUGGAGGUUUAUGACCAGGACCUGCUCUUCCACGACCUGGUGGGAGUCUGCCAGAGACAGAUGAAGCUGGGCACCCACACGCACGACUGCUACCUGAAGAAGGGAGGAGUCCUCACCUACACCUACACCCUCGAUGAUAUCAAUCAGUAGGCUAGUGGGCCGUCCGCCAUGAGUCAUGUGACGCUUCAACAUCCUGUCAGGCGUCUGUUCAGCUCUGGUUUCCUUGAAUAAACCUUCUUACUCUGUCAA